AUUUCUGAGUGAAUAUAACUGUGCCAAGUGUACAGUCCUUUUUUGAUGUCUCCUCCCAUUUCAAGAAGCAAGCUAGCCAGGGCUUUCCCCCUCGUCUCCCAAAAACAUCUCAACAACUUCAGAGAGCCAGAAACGUCGCUGUGUUCAAGGCUGACAAAGCAGCUCUGGUCCAGCUUCCCGAUGUCUUCUGGAAUGACGCCCCUCUCCUUUGCCACCUGUCUCAUUGCCACUUGCAUAGCUUUGGGAGCGUCUUUGGAAUGUGAGGAAUGCAUGGCCUUAGGGAGGAAUUGUCAUGGGAAUAAAAUAACAUGCCCCCCUGAGAAAGAUUCCUGCGGCAUCAUUUCUAUGGAUACCAUGGGACAAACUGCCGUCAUGAAGACUUGUGUCCCAUCCAAAAUUUGUUCCUUAGGCCUUUCUUCUCUCAGCAUGGGCAAAGCAGGAGUAAGCAGAACUAACGCAAUGUGCUGCACCGGAGAUGACUGCAAAAAGGCCCCACCACCUUUGCCACCCAGAAACACCACUUUGAAUGGGAAAUCAUGUCCGGCUUGCCAUGCUUUGAAUGCUGAGUGCCAGGAGGAGAUCGUUAAAUGUACUGGGGAUGAAAACCAAUGCUUCUCGCUGUCUGGGAUUACCUCUGCAGGAACCGUUAGUGCAAAAGUCACCAUGAAGGGCUGUGGAAAUGAGGCUAUUUGUUAUGAAGCAAAGCAGAAAAGCUCAUCUUUUUCAGGGAUCAGUUUAGUUCAUGACUCUAGCUGUACUGAUGGGGCAUCCACCAACAUUGCAACUCUUUUUGGACUCCUCUUCCCUGUCCUUACAGGAUUAUUGUUUGGGAAAUUGCUUGUUUAAUGGUUUUCCCAGCACUGCUCUCUCUCUCUCUCUCUCUCACUCACUCUCAUUCUUUGUGUGUGUGUGUUUAAGGAUGGCAAUAGUUCUUUAAAUGUUGGGAAACGCUGAGGAAGAGAAUAUUUGUAGUUCAGGACUUAUUCUGUUAAAAAGGGAGAUUUUUUUUUUUUGCACAGAAAUCAGCAACACAAAAAUGUUGUUUUCUGCACAAACACACACUCAAACACUUCGUCGAAGUAAGUCCCCAUUCUUCCAUUAGCCUUAUAUUCCAAAGAAUGCUGGUGCCUCACCAAACUACAACUUCCAAGAUUCCUAGCAUGGAGGCAUGGUAGCUAAAGUAUCAAAUCGCAUUAAUUGUAUAGGGUAGAUGCACUAUUAAUUAUAAUUUGUAUGUGAAAUUGCAACUCUUCAAGCAACCACCAGUGCUCAGCAAUGGGAUGUUGGCAGCUUCUUGUCUGACUCCAAGCUCCUCGGUAGCGAAGGAUUCUGAGCUUUUGCUGGGGCUAUGCACACAUGUCCAAGUUUUGUGUACAAUGAUGCUAUCAAGAGAAAAGUACACCUACUGGAAGGAUGCUUUGUCUCACUCACUUCUAAUUACUGUGAAGUUAAGCUGGAUAAACUGUGGACUCUGUAGCCUAAGGGCCCUUCCACACAGCCAUGUAACCCAGAAUAUCAAUGCAAAAUAACUCACAACAUCUACUUUGAAUUGGAUUAUCUUAGUCCACACUGCCAUAUAUCCCAUUUCAAAGCAGAUAAUCUAGGAUUUGAUUCAGCUGUGUGAGAGGGGCCUGAGAAAUCCAAGGUCAUCAUUGGUGGUCAGGAAUAUUUAUCAAGAGAAUGGAAGAUCGCUUAGGAUUUUUGCAGUCCAAGGUCAAGAGUUGUUAGUUGCAAUCCCAGGCAUCUCCUUAAACAGAGUUGUAAAACUACCCACAAACCAAUCACAAGACCAAAACACAAUAGAAGACUCCAAACAAUAUGUUUUUUAGCAGGGUUUUUACCAGAAAGUAGUCAGAGCUCACAAACCAGAAGUUUUCAUGCUUGUGCAACUUCCCAGCUGUUGUUAGUUCUUGUUUUUUUGAUAUGGCCCUCUGCCAAGUUCAUUUUGAUUCCUACCACACAUUGAGUCUCAAUGGGAGAGUCUAGGCCAGGUGCUUCUGCUUCUCCUCCUCCUCCUCUUCCUCCUGUCCUCAGCCCCCUUCUGUUUCCCAGAAAGGUCAGACUCAUAACAUAAUGAGAAACCAAAUCCAACAACGCCUCUUACAAUAUUACUGUUUGAGGCCCCUUCCACACAGCUGUAUAAAAUCCACAUUGAACUGGAUUGAAAUGUGGUCUCAGAUCAUCCAGUUCAAAGCAGAUAUUGUGGGUUAUCUGCCUUGAUAUGGCUGUUUGGAAAGACCCUGAGUUAUGUGUACCUUCAAGUCAUUAUAUUGUCACCUAGAAGUUUUCUUGGCACGAUUUGUUUUGGGGAAGUUUGCUUUUGCCUUCCUCUAAGGCAGAGAGAUUGUAACUUGCCCAAGCUCACCCAGGCUGCUUCUAUGGCUGAGUGGGGAUUCAAAUCUGGGUAUCCAGAGUUAUAAUCCAAUGCUGUCAAUGGCUGCAUGGAAGCAGACAUUCCAGAAGGUGUUGCUUGUUACCUGGUUGUAUGACAAGCAAUACGUGCUGAAUUUUCCUCUUUUAUAUAGCCAGACAUCCUCUCCAUUUUUCAGUUUGGCAACCCCAUGCUGCCUCCCUGAAGUAGUAUUUAUUACUCAUUUUCUAGCUGUGAUGUGAGUAAAGUUGCUGGUCAGGACUCAGGCACUUCCAGACAGCACUAAAUCAUGAGUUUUAAACAGAGGCAAAAAAUCCCGUGACCAUCUCGAGAUUUCUGCCUUUUUUCCCAGACUUGAUGCUCUGUAGUGAGAUUUAGAGGCUCCCAAAAUGGCUGCCACAGGACUUACGAUGGAAACUGGCAUUUUUAAAAAAGAAAAAAACUUUAGAUGUGGAUAUGCGGAGAAUCAUUGCAGUGAAUCACCGCAAAAGUUCCGUUCUUUGUCCUGGCCAGAGAAAAUGUGCCCUCCACAUGUUCCAUAAAGUUUCUAGCACACAAACAAAGUUUUUGCAUUCUAGUCAACUUUCACAUUCUUUGUUCCUACCAGCCAAUCAGGAGCAAAUAUCUAAAACCCGGGAACAAUUCUAGAUAAAAAAUCCUGUGAUUUCCGAUUGCAGAGACAUACAGAAAUUCGAAGAUGCAGAUAUUUGGCUCAAAACUGUGAUAUUCCCGCACCUGGAAAUCUUGUGUUUUUUGCCUUUUGUAGUGAUUGCGUCCACGUUUACAGGAUAUGGCAUCUGGCCACCCUCCUGUUUGCUAUGGAAGCUCCUGGGAUAAAGGUACUGUCUGGAUGGGCCGUCAGAAGCAUCCUAGGCCCUGAUACAUCAGAGCCAAAACCUAUAGUCUAGAGUUUUCCUUGUUUAUAUCAGAAGAGGUGGGCCUUAGCAAUGUCAUGAUGCUCAGAGCACAUGAGGAUGAGCAGCAGGAGGAGAAUAAAAGCCAACCCCAAGAAAGCUUUCCAAGUUCCACAUUAAACAGGAAAAAACCAUAUAUCCCCACUCAGUUGUUUUAUCACCUUUGUGAGGCACUUCUUUUAACAGCACAUAGGAGUAGUGAUCAAAAGAACAGUUUACAGCCUUCUUUGAACUGAAAAAUAUCUACAGAAAUAAACUACAAGCAGCAGUGCCUACUACAGUGGGAUACACAGUAGAAUCUGUAUGCAAUUUCCAAUGCACUGUUCUUGCCCUGAGAUUUCACUCCAACAACCCAGAGCCAGAGAAAAGGGACCGGAAUCUGAGAUCUGGGCAUCUUAGGAGUGAGUGAAGAGGCAAGUGAUGUUUGCCUUGGACACUCCCACACUGAUCAUGCCAGCUGAGACACAGAAAGGGGACAGCCACUCUUCUCAGGGGACAAAAAAGAGGCCUUGCUCUUAUAAAGGACUCUUCAUAGAAAUGUUAUAAAGCACUAGGUUAUGUGCUGAAAGGAAACUCCUUUCUUGCUUUUUAUUUUCGUAUUUUAUAUUUGAUCUUGACUCACUAAACUGAAUUCUUCCUCAUGAGCAAAUUAUUGACCUAAUAUGGACCUCUCCCUUCUUGAAGCAACUUUAGAGUAAAUGCAACAUACAUUCUGACCUGUUCAAGAACCAAUUUAGAUAGGUGUGAGUCCAAGAUGACAAUUGGAUCAUGUCAGAUUAAGAACCACUAGCCUAAGACAACUAUAUAUAGUGCAUAUGAAAUGAUCUGAAUAAUAUAUAAUCAUUAUCCAGUGCAUAAUGCUGCCAAAUGCUUCAUAAUCUUCUGAACCAUUUCUUAUUACUGGUCAACUGAUGUUUGCAAUUUCUUCAGUGCAGCAUAUUAUGUGCAUUUCAGUUCAAUGAUUGAAGCUAUCUGUAAAAUAUGGUUAUCAAGUAGCAUAUUAUGAACAUACGCAACAGAUAAAUUCUUUUGUAUUCAGUAUGAUCAAGGUAACCGUUACGAUUUUUGCUCUACAACAAAUUUUAUGUGCUGCAUGUUUUUUGCAAUCCUAUUGAAUAGACCAUGUUAAUGUACACAUAUCCAAUGAUGUUCUGGAAUGAUAAAAUAAUAAAUAAACAAUAUCAAUCAUU